AUGUGCCAAUUCAAAAGGGAGAUGAUCGCCGAGUCGUGCUCCGCGUGCAGCUCAGCCUCGGCUUCGACAUCCUCGGAGCACAACCAGACGGUGUGGACGUCGCCGCCGAAGCGGCCGGCGGGGCGGACCAAGUUCCGGGAGACGCGGCACCCCGUGUUCCGCGGCGUCCGGCGCCGUCGCAACGCCGGGCGCUGGGUGUGGGACUGGUCCGACGCAUUCGCCGCACGCGGUUUCGCAUUCCCGGUUGUUUGCCUUGCCUGGGACCGGGGACGAUGCUGGAUUUUGGUGGGUGGUCUCGGUUUCGCGCAUCGGUCGCCUGCUCAUGUCGCCUUCAGGCCUCCACCCAGCACCUAUAAAUAUGCGCCUUCAAAUCCGCCAUUCCCACAGCAAAAACCACUCCAACACAAUUCAAGCAGCACCAAAGGCAACCACAACAUCCUGCGCUCAAAGAAACUUGAACUUGAAGUGAUCAUGUGCCAAUUCAAAAGGGAGAUGAUCGCCGAGUCGUGCUCCGCGUGCAGCUCAGCCUCGGCCUCGACAUCAUCGGAGCACCACCAGACGGUGUGGACGUCGCCGCCGAAGCGGCCGGCGGGGCGGACCAAGUUCCGGGAUACGCGGCACCCCGUGUUCGGCGGCGUCCGGCGCCGUCGCAACGCCGGGCGCUGGGUGUGCGAGGUGCGCGUGCCCGGCCGGCGCGGCUGCAGGCUCUGGCUCGGCACCUUCGACACCGCGGAGGGUGCCGCGCGCGCGUACGACGCCGCCAUGCUCACCAUCGCCGGCGCGGGCGGGUGCCUCAACUUCGCCAACUCGGCGUGGCUGCUAGCCGUGCCGGCCUCCUACGCCAGCCUCGCCGAGAUGCGCCACGCGGUCGCCGAGGCCGUGGAGGACUUCCUGCGCCGCGAGGCCGCCCCAGAGGACGACGCGCUCUCGGCGUCGACCUCGACGCCAUCGUCCCCUGCCAGCGACGACGGCAGCGCCACGGACGGCGAGGAGUCCUCAGACUCCUCUCCGGCUGCCGGGGUCUCGGCGUUCCAACUGGACGUGUUCAACGACAUGAGCUGGGACUUGUACUACGCGAGCUUGGCGCAGGGAAUGCUCAUGGAGCCGCCGCCCGCGGUCAUGGAGUUCGGCGACGCCAACAUCGUCGAUGUGCCACUCUGGAGCUACUAG